UUGAUCUUGGAAAUGCUGCUGAGAGGAGGUGGAGUUUAUAAGCAGGCGCUGCUGUCGCUUUUGCUGGCCAUAUUUUUGGCUUCCGUUGCGGCUAAGACAGGACCCACACACAAUAAGGUGGUUGUUUGCUACAUAUCCACCUGGGCUGUCUAUAGACCUGGCCAAGGUGCCUAUUCCAUCGAGAACUUCGAUGCGAACCUUUGCACCCAUGCCGUGUAUGCCUUUGCGGGUCUCGAUAUCACCCAAGCGUCCAUCAAAUCGUUAGAUCCGUGGCAGGACUUGCAAGAGGAGUAUGGCAAGGGCGGCUAUGAGCGUUUAACAAGCUUGAAGAGCAGCCAUCCGCAUCUGAAGGUCAGCUUGGCCAUUGGCGGCUGGAAUGAGGGCUCGAAGAACUAUUCGAGGCUAGUGGCCAAUGCGCAACAGCGCGAGCAUUUCGUGAAACAGGUUUCCGGUUUUGUGCGAAAAUACAAUUUCGAUGGCCUCGAUUUGGACUGGGAGUAUCCGACGCAACGCGGUGGCAGUCCACAAGAUCGCGAAAAUUUCGUCGCCCUGACAAAGGCGUUGCGAGAGGAAUUCGAUAAUUAUGGCCUGCUCUUAAGCUCGGCUAUUGGAGCUGCUAAGAAUGUCAUCGAUCAAGCUUACGAUGUGCGCCAAAUAUCGAGGUAUCUCGAUUACCUGCAUAUCAUGUGCUACGACUACCAUGGCAGCUGGGACAAAAAAAUUGGUUACAAUGCACCGUUAACAGCUCCAGCCGAUGAUCCAUUGAGUGUGCAAUUUACCAUUGACUAUCUAUUGAAGCUGGGUGCUCCGCCCUCAAAGCUAGUCUUGGGUCUGCCCUUCUAUGGACGCACGUUUAAGACUGCUGCUGAGGGCAAGGUAAAUGAUGCCAGCGAUGGCAUUGGCUUUCGUGGUCCAUUCACACGCGAGGAUGGUUUCCUAGGGUACAAUGAAAUCUGCGAUAUAUUAAGCAACAAGACCUCCGGGUGGACAACCAACUGGGACGCCGAAACUAGUCAAAUGAUUGCUCGCUCUGAGCGCAAUGUUUUCACGCAGGACGUGAAUGUUGUCUCCUUCGAUAGUUCACGAUCCAUCGCUAAUAAAGUAAAGUUUGCUAUGAUGAAGCGAUUGGCCGGCGUUAUGGUGUGGUCCGUGGACACGGAUGACUUCCUUGGCAGAUGUGAAGUGGACGAGGACACCUAUGCAGAUUUUAAAUAUGUGAAAAAUGCACCAAGAAGACUAAAUCAAAAUUAUCCUUUGUUGCGAACCAUCAAUGAGGCCACCACACUUGCGCUAGAGGAAUUGGCUGCCGAUGAGGUCGUAAUACCAGAUGACUCCGAAAAUGAAAUACCCCAUGGCAAAAAUGCCGCAGCAUCUUUAAUUAGUGUAAGUUUAAUGCUCAGCUCUGUUUGCGUAUUGCUACACAGUCUAACACAUUGAAAAGUCCACCAGGUGCCUUAGUUUUUAUUAUAUGUUUGUUCCCCAAAUAAUAAAAUGUCAAUAUUAUUAAUUUUAAA